UUUGACCUCUACUGCAGAGUUGUGCCAUAUUGUGUGUGUGGGUUCAUAUUCGCGUUUUUUUGGAGCCACUUUACGGAUUGUCAUGGAGAAUCAAGCUGUCACCAACUUCAGGAAAUACCUGAGAAUCAAAACCGUGCAUCCCAAUCCGGACUAUGAUGGUGCAGUUGCAUUCUUGGAGAAGCAAGCAAAAGAGAUUGGACUACCUUACAAAAUUAUUAAGGUUUGUCCACAGCGUGAGGUCGUUAUUAUGACGUGGGAAGGGCAGGAACCGUCCUUGCAGUCAGUACUUUUGAACUCCCACACAGAUGUGGUACCCGUCUAUCCAGAAGAGUGGAAGGUGGACCCAUUUAGUGCUGACAAGAUGCCCAAUGGAGACAUCUAUGCCAGAGGGACUCAGGACAUGAAAAGUGUUGGAAUUCAAUAUCUAGAGGCUGUCAGAAGGUUGAAGUCUCAAGGGACAACAUUUAAAAGAACAAUACACCUAACAUUUGUUCCAGAUGAAGAGAUAGGAGGUGUGAAGGGAAUGAAGAUGUUCCUGGAUCAUGAAGAGUUCAAGAAAAUGAACAUCGGCUUUGCUCUGGAUGAAGGACUGGCAAAUCCCAAGGAUACUUUUACUGUGUUUUAUGGGGAAAGAGCAGCUUGGAGUGUGUGGAUUCAAUGCACUGGAAACCCUGGACAUGGCUCAAGAUUUAUUGAGAACACUGCAGCUGAAAAACUGAGACGUGUGAUUAACAGCUUCCUCGACUUCAGAGGCAUGGAAGAAAAGAAAUUGAAAGAUACUGGCUGUUUGAGGUUGGGUGAUGUCACUACAUUGAAUUUGACAAUGUUAGAGGGAGGUAUCCAGUUCAAUGUUGUGCCAAGCAAGCUUUCUGCAGGAUUUGAUAUUCGUAUCGCUCCGACAGUAGAUCUUGCGGUCUUUGAGGAUACAAUCAAGUCUUGGUGCAAGGAGGCAGGGGAAGGUGUAACAUACGAAUUCCGUCUGAAAGGGAUGUGCCAGACCCUCACAAGGACAGAUGAUGAUGACAUCUGGUGGAAAGCAUUCAGUACUGCAUGUAGUGGAAUGGGGAUGACGUUGGACAAGGAAAUUUUCCCUGCUGCCACUGAUAGUAGAUUCCUCAGAGAGGCUGGCUACCCUGCCAUUGGUUUCUCUCCCAUGAACAACACACCCAUCUUGUUGCACGAUCACAAUGAGUUCCUCAACGAGGCUGUCUUUCUGAAAGGCAUUGAGAUCUAUUGUGGAAUUAUUCCAGCGCUGGCAAAUGCUUGAAAAAUGAUCAAGGGGCAAAUACAUUGACACGAAAAUAAGCAAAGUGUCAUUGAAACGAUUAAAAUAAUCAGACAGUUGUUCAGGGCUUCCUGUAACUGGUGCUUACCAUAACCAGGUCUUCAUUGCAUGAUCAUAGAUUGUUUGUGUGAUCAUAAAUUGGUUGUAUGAUCAUGAAUUGAUUGUACGAUCACGAAUUGAUUGUAUGAUCAUGAAUUUAUUGUAUGAUCAUAGAUUUACUCUAUGACCUUAUAUUGUUUGUAUUAUCAUAAAUUGUUUGUAUGAUCAUAAAUGUUUGUAUGAUCAUAGAUUUUUUUAUAUAACCAAACAUGGUUUGUAUGGUCAUAGAUUGUUUCUAUGAUCAUAUAUUGUUUGUAUGAUAAUACAUUGGUUUCAUGGUCAUAUAUCGUAACUAUUGUCAUAGAUUGUUUGUAUAUUGUGUGUUAUUGUAUGAUCACACUUUUUUGUAUACUAACAUAUUGUUCUUAUGAUCAUGUAUUUUUGUGUCAAUAAAGAUUCAUUGUAUAAACAAUGAUUUUUUUGUAUGGUCAUGGAUUAUUUGCAUAAUCUUAGAUUGUUUGUAUGAUCUCUUUUAUAUAAAAUGAAAAAAAAAUGUAUGGUCAUAUAUUUUGUUUGUGAUCACAGCUUGUUUGCGUGAAUGAAGAUUGUUGUGUGUGAUUAUUAAUUUAUUUUAUUAUUUUAAUGAUUAAAGAUUUUUACUGCAUGAUAAUGAAUUGUUUUGUGAAUUAAUUCUACACUUUUCUUUUAAAAAGAUAUUUUACACACACAUACUGCAAACUGUAAGAAUAAAAUAACAUAAGAGUUUAUGCAGGGUAAUGUAUUUUGAUAGGUAGUUGCAUAACACAGAUCUAUGUAUUCAGAUUUUAUUGCAAUUGAGUGUUAGUUUAAUCAGUGUUUAUAUUGAAACUGUUUUCUCUGUGUGCAUAUACUUAUAAAAAGGGUAACUUUUUAAACUUAAAUGUAUGUAGUAAACACAUUUAAAUUCUUCUCUGAAACCGCAUGGUUCAGAGGUUUGGUAUUUGGGAUGUGACAUUGUAUGGUGGUACUAACAAGUUUAUUCAAAUCAUGCCCUUGUGGUCACAUCUGGUUACAUCCUGGUAAUCACAUGAUUCAUAUAGAGGUAUUUAGUAAAUAAACUUGAAAAUCUUUUUUUAAACUUAAGUCACAGAGCUUUGAUAUUUUGUUUUAAAAAAUCUGAUAGAAGUCCCUUCAAGGCUUGUUGAAAUCAAGCCCCAGGGAUAAAGUCUUGCCAUGCCCCAGGAAUCAUAUGAUUUAUAAAGACUCAAAUAAUGAAAAUCUUUAAAUCCCGGACACUUGGAUACACAGAUGCUUAUUUUUUGUAUAUAUAUCACACUGUGGUCCUCUUGAAAAUAUUUCAAAUCAUACUCAUGGGGUAAACACCUAUGUAUUUCUCUGCUAAGAAUUGUUCCAUGAGUUCCAUACUCCAAAAUAUACAUUGCUCAGACUAAUAUUGCAAAAUAUCUUUGAUAAGCUCUGAAACAUUACAAAGGUGAGCAGUCUUGGACCAACCAGGCGCUCUUGUUAUUAUCUUAAAAUACAUACAAAAACUAUGAGCCAUUCGUUUUUAUCUACGUAUUAAAACAUGCACACUUUG